GAAAGCAUGUUCAGAUUUUCUCCACGAAUUUAGUUAAACUCUAUUGGUAUUUUUACACACAGAUUACAGUUAAUUUUUUCACCAGAAUCAGGGAAAAACAGUUGGACAGUUUUAAGGAUGGAGGAAUGUGCCAUUGACGCACAGAAUCUGAUCUCUAUUUCUUUGCAGAAAAUCCAUAACUCCAGGACGCAGAGAGGAGGUAUCAAGCUCCACAAGAACCUGCUGGUUACCUACGUCCUGAAGAACGCUAGAGACUUUUACAUGAGCGUGGAGUUCGCAGGAAUAUACAGCAUACAGCAGAACGGGGAGAUGAGGACUGUCUCUGAUGAAAAGCAGGACUCCUUUGAAUUGACCGGGAACUGUGAGGAUCUAGCUGGUGAGUUUUGCUGCAACUACAGCGGGGAUGCGUUGGAGACUAACCACUGCGCAGCGCCACAGUCGGCUGGCCACCCAGCAAUGGUGCCCGAAGCGCACACCCAGACGGUAACUGCCUGUCCCAUGGCUCCUGUGCAUCAUUGUGACUCUAACCUGAUGGACUCGGAAGUCUGCUGGGACUGUUAUUCGGAACCUUACACAUCCAAACGGGACAUUCUUAUUUCAAACACACCCAACAAUCAAAAGACUGUGUUGGACUUGGACACACAUGUGGUGACUACUGUCGAGUAUAGAUAUCUCCCCGCAGACUACUGCGCGUCAUUGAAACAACAUGGACAGUGCCCGCAAAGUUCACCUAAGAAACGAAAAAUUGACUCAAGUUAUGUUUCUGAUUCCGAUUAUCUUUCAGACUUUUUGCCCAUGUCAUGCAAACAGAUUAGGUCUGAUGACGUUUAUUGUUGUAAUUCUGAACAGCUGGACACAAAUAACAUCUCCAAUCUCAUGUCAGUGUUAGGCUCGGGGUUUACUGAGCUGUUGAACUGGCAAACAGACUUGGAACAGAUAUGCCUAGUCAAUGGACAAACAAACUGUUGCAAACAAGCAUUGGCGGGCAGCGGUGCAUGGACUAGAGCAAUUGAAGCUUUUUGAUCCACACACUUUUACUUUUUCUACACGCCAUUGCUGGUCUCAAAUAAAAUAAGUAUUUUUUACACACUUAACACUC